UUGUCGGAAGACGCGAUACCAUCUGAAACCCUAGACCUCUGCAAAUCACGUCUCUCACCCUCAGUGGCAGAACCGUAAAUACCACCUCCCGAGAUCCUUUCCUUCUAUAAAACCCCACCCUUUCUUCUACAUUUUUUUCUGGAAAAUCUACUGCUCUGAUACUUCAGUGGCAGUAGCGUAAAUAUCACCUCCUCCGAUUCCUUCCUUCGAUCUCACUCUUACCCGUAAAAGCCGUGGAUUCUCCCUCUUUUCUGCAAUUACAGCUGAUUUAAUGGAGGAAACGUAGUUGCGGAAGCUCCUUCGGUCUUCUUCUUGCAUUGCAUUGAUACGGGUCCCAGCUCUUUCCCGCUUCCUGCAGUUUCAGAUGCUUUCGUGGCGGUGAUGUGAAAGAACCGCAACGUUAAAAUCCAGUAAAAACACUCAGAUUUCUCUCGAUUUACGGCGGUCUCAGAUCCUUCGUGGUGGAACCUUUCGAUCGAAGCUUUGGCAACUUAUUUCUCUCGUUAUGUGUUGGAGAAUCCAAAGUGACAAAUCUUGGAUAUUACUGAAGUAGCCAUCGGAACCAUGAGAAUGAUGGUGAAGGUUUUCUGUUUCACGGUUCUGGCGUUUUUAGGGGUUCUGAUAUCUGGAAAUGGGGAUAUUUACAUUGUUACCAUGCAAGGAGAGCCUGUGGUGAGAUACAGAGGUGGCAUUGACGGGUAUGCUGCCACCUUCUCUGAUUCAGAAGAAAAGAUUGAUUUUACCAGCGAAUCAGUAAUAUCCUAUUCCCAUCACCUUGAGAAACAACAUGAUGCUUUUCUUGAAGCUCUGUUUGAAAAAGGAACCUACAAGAAGCUCUACAGCUAUCGCUAUCUUAUCAACGGAUUUGCCAUACAUACGUCCCCAGAACAGGCAGAAGCCCUUAGAAGCAUCCCCAGGGUGAAACAUGUGGAGAAAGAUAUGAAGGUCAAGAGACUAACAACACACACACCGCAAUUUUUGGGGCUUCCCACAGGAGUGUGGCCAACGGGUGGUGGCUUUGACAGGGCAGGAGAAGACAUUGUGAUUGGUUUUGUGGACUCAGGAAUAUACCCGCAACACCCGAGCUUCUCAACCCACAAUUCUGCACCAUAUGGGCCUGUUCCUGGUUACAAAGGAAAGUGUGAAGUUGAUCCAGACACUAAGAGGGAUUUCUGUAAUGGGAAGAUAGUUGGAGCCCAACAUUUUGCAGCUGCUGCAAUUGCGGCUGGACAAUUUAAUCCAUCAGUUGAUUAUGCAUCACCUUUCGAUGGUGAUGGGCACGGAAGUCACACGGCAGCAAUUGCAGCUGGGAAUAAUGGAAUUCCUGUGAAAAUGCAUGGAUAUGAAUUUGGCAAAGCAAGUGGGAUGGCUCCUCGUGCAAGGAUUGCGGUUUACAAGGCCCUGUAUAGGCUCUUUGGAGGAUUUGUAACAGAUGUAGUGGCUGCCAUUGAGCAGGCUGUUCAAGAUGGUGUGGAUAUUCUCAAUCUCUCAGUAGGGGCAAACAGUCCACCAACAACUACCAGGACCUCCUUUUUAAACCCUUUUGAUGCCGCGCUUCUUUCGGCUGUGAAAGCAGGAGUAUUUGUUGCACAGGCAGCUGGGAAUGGAGGUCCAUUCCCGAAAACCUUGGUCUCUUACAGUCCAUGGAUAGCAACUGUUGCUGCUGCAGUCGAUGAUCGCAGAUACAAGAACCAUAUAACCUUGGGAAAUGGGAAAAUCUUACCUGGGAUUGGCUUGGCACCAUCAACACAUUCAAAUCGAACAUUCAACCUGGUUGCAGCAAGUGACAUAAUGCUGGAUUCCUCCGAUGUGAAAUACAGCCCUUACGAUUGCCAGACGCCGGAAGUUCUAAACAAGAAUAAGGUGGAGGGAAACAUUCUCCUUUGUGGGUAUUCCUUCAAUUUCAUCGUGGGCAGUGCAUCAAUGAAGAGAGUCUCCGAAACAGCUAAAAGUCUGGGUGCAGUUGGCUUUGUUCUUGCUGUGGAGAAUGCUUCCCCUGGAACGAAAUUCGAUCCCGUUCCUGUUGGUAUUCCUGGGAUUCUCAUUACAGACGUCAGCAAAUCACUGGAACUUAUAGAUUAUUACAACAGCUCAACUACAAGAGAUUGGGCUGGGCGGGUGACAGGUUUCAAAGCAACAGGAAGCAUUGGUGAUGGUUUGACACCUGUUCUCCAUAGGUCAGCACCCCAGGUAGCCUUAUUUUCUUCCCGAGGACCUGAUAUAAAAGAUUUCAGCUAUCAAGAUGCUGACAUCCUCAAACCAGACAUUCUCGCUCCCGGUUCUCUUAUUUGGGCAGCCUGGGCACCAAAUGGAACAGAUGAGGCCAACUACAUAGGUGAAGGAUUUGCUAUGAUAUCAGGAACUAGCAUGGCAGCACCACAUAUAUCAGGGAUCGCGGCCCUUAUAAAGCAGAAGCACCCUAAUUGGAGCCCAGCUGCCAUCAAAUCAGCUUUGAUGACAACUGCAUCAACGUUAGAUCGUGCAGGCCAGCCACUUCAGGCUCAGCAAUAUUCUGGAACAGAAACAAUGAAAUUUGUAAAGGGUACACCGUUUGAUUAUGGGAGUGGGGCUGUCAAUCCAAGGGCUGCGCUUGAUCCCGGACUCAUCUUUGAUGCAGGUUAUGAAGAUUAUAUCAGUUUCCUGUGUUCAACACCCGGCAUUGAUCACCACGAAAUCUCUAACUUCACAAACUCGGCCUGCAACUCUAGCAGCAGCCACCCGGCCAAUCUCAACAGCCCGUCGAUUGCCGUCUCUCGCCUGGUGGGAACCCAGACCAUAACACGCACGGUAACAAAUGUUGCCGAGACAGAGACCUAUGUCAUCACGACCAGGAUGUCGCCUGAGAUUGCAUUAGAGGUCAACCCUCCAGCGAUGACACUCCGAUCUGGCGCCUCCCAGAAAUUCUCUGCAAUCCUCACUGCCAGAUCAGUGACCGGGACCUACAGCUUCGGUGAGAUUCUGAUGAAAGGCAGCAGAGGGCACAAGGUGAGAAUUCCUGUGGUGGCUAUGGGUUACAGUAGUUAGGUAAUAUAUGGCCGCAGCGGCCAUUUUGCGGAGGUUUCUCUAUCUUCAUCUCAUAUGGGUUAUUGUGAUAUUCUUUGUAGCCUGGUUAAUAAAAAAAAAGAACCAUAUAAAGAUAAAGAGGAAGUAUACAAUGAUGGGGCCGAUCGACUGUACUGUUCCAUGUGGCUUUUCAGGUUUGUACAGGUGGGGCCCAUUGGUUAGUGAUCCAAGCUGUUCAGAUUAUGGGCCCCACUGUUAAUGUUCCAUGCACCAAAAAUGUCCCUUAACCUUUCAAUAGGGCAACAGAGAAAUUGUUAAGAAACGAAGAAAAUAUAGUAACAGUCCUGUUCAAUUAAUAAAAGGCCAAAUAUUCUACGGCUAGGAUCUUCCAUUGGCUCAUCGGCCACAAUGGUAUAAACUCCAAGACAUCAAUGUCUUGGAUCGCGAAACCAUGGCCCCCACAUGUACAAGCUGAAAGCCCCUGAACCCGCAGUACAAUUGCUCAUCCCGAGCAUUGUGUAAUUUACCUGAUGAAGAUAUAUGUAUGAAAUGAUGUAUAGAGAGAGUAUCUAUAUAUGUGAGAGAGGAAGGAGACUGCCCGUUUCCACUGAUAUAUAAGGUUUUGCUUAUGUGAA